AUGGCCAUUAGUAUUGAUUCACCAAAAGAGUUUUAAUUUAAACAUGCCAAUGUUGAAGAUAUUCUCUUUUAAAAACAAACUAAUGUUGCCAAUCUAUAAGGUAUACUUUCUUCAAAUAAACUCAUAAGAGUUGGAAUAUAAAAGGAUUAAAUGGUAUGGUAAAGCUUUGAAUCUUUAACAUGAUAUUUAACUUACUUUAAGACCUAAUCUAAGUUUAAUAUAAGAUAAAAAAGUUAAUGAAUCUAUUCAAGAAUCUGAAGAUAGAGUCAUUAGAUAAAAAUCAACUAAAUGUAGAUUCAAUGAUAAAAUCUCGAAUAGAUCCUUUGAAUUUAAUCUAAAUGGUAGAUAUUUAGAUUAAAAAUGUGCUUUCCAAGAUAAUUAUACAAACUAUUCUAAAUAAUCAUUUAAAAUUAAAACAGGCAUGUUUGAAUAAUUCAAAAAUGCUUAACUUCUAUAAAAAAGAGGCAAUUAAUAUGAUAAUUUACUUUAAAAACCUAAUUAUAAUCAUUGUAGUAAACAAAAAAGUCUUCACACAUCUAAACAUAAUCCAAAUAUACUUAAUUAAACAGAUAACUCUCUUAUACUUAUUGAUACUCCUAUUAAAUAUUAGAAUGAAUUGAAUUUUAAAAUUGCUCGUAAUUAAAUUCUUUAAUCAAUUGAAUCUCAAAAAAGAAAAAGGGCCAUUUCAGAAUAUUGA